AGGAGGCCGCGGUAGCAGCGCAGCCUCGAGCGGCCACCGCGGCAGUCUCCUCCCCGGAUACCACGCUCCUCACCCGGCUCGUAUAUAUAAAGCUAGUAGGACCAAUAGGCCGAUCCCCGGCUGUUAAUUUUUCUUGUUGAUGGUUAGACUCUGCGAGAGAAGGAUGAAGUUCCUUGUGGCCGUUACGAUCAUUGUGGGAUCCCUGAUUUUUCUCGCUUUCCCAAAUGGCUCAUCCGCUGACGAGAAGAAGAAAGGCCCCAAAGUGACUGCAAAGGUUUUCUUUGACAUGAAAGUUGGAGAUGAAGAAGUUGGAAGAAUCGUCAUUGGGGUGUUUGGGAAAACCGUUCCCAAGACAGCCGACAACUUUAUCGCUCUGGCGACAGGAGAGAAAGGAUUCGGUUACAAGGGCAGUAAAUUCCACCGAGUCAUCAAGGACUUCAUGAUUCAGGGUGGAGACUUCACCAGAGGAGACGGCACCGGAGGCAAGAGCAUCUAUGGAGACCGCUUCGCCGAUGAGAACUUCAGGUUGAAGCACUACUCCCCUGGCUGGCUCAGCAUGGCGAAUGCCGGCAAAGACACCAACGGCUCCCAGUUCUUCAUCACCACCAUUCAGACUCCAUGGCUGGACGGCAAACACGUCGUCUUUGGGAAAAUUCUGGAGGGGAUGGAUGUCGUGAAAAUGAUUGAAAAGACAAAGACAGAUGGACGCGAUAAGCCUCUUCAAGACGUCGUCAUCCACAAUUGCGGCACGAUCGAGGUGGACAAGCCAUUCGCGGUGGCCAAGGAGUAGUGAAGUGCUGCUGGGGGAGACCAGGACUGGGGGAGGGGGGGAGAAUCGUGCAGGCCACCUUGUUUUAUCACUCACAGCCCUGUGAUCCCAGAGAAAGGGCUUGUGGGUCACUCUGUCAGUGGCUGCCAUCUUAUUAAAGCACCAGACGAGCAAUCGUGACGACACAAUGGGUCCAUUUACAACGAGCAUUCCAAGGUGCACUUAACUGUUCGUUGUUUUUGUAAAAAAGAGAGAUCUGAAAUAAAGGUUUCAAUUUUUUGUUAAAAUGCGGAGUGAAGUUCAUUACACCUACUAGGUAUCACGAGCACUACGGAAAUGCACGUUUUGGCGUUACUUGAUAUUGCUUGUUCACUCGUGUUCGACAUAUGAAGACAAAAACAUGUUUUACUCUUUAUUGUAGAAGUCAACACUUGCAUGUGACAUGAAGACAAAACAUUUAGGCAUCAUAGGACAUUGAGUAACUAACGUAGUAAAGCAAAGACAACUCUUGAGAUGAAUUUGUUGGUGAGAUAAGUAUUCACCACAAUUUUUGAAAUCGAUUUCUUAUAUCUAUAUCUAUUUGUUGGGGAUAACUAAUUUCUAUGGAGGAAGCCAUGUUCCCCAAUCUAUACUAGAAAAAACAAUUUCCCAGAGGAACUGUUUUUUGUUUUGCAGACCAAAUAUUUUUUAUUAGUGAUUUUUAAUAUAUAUUCUGUUUUUAAAAAUAAGGUUGGGUUUCUGUAACGCUGGCCUCUAGACUGUCAUUGUGUUGAAGGGAUUCCUCUAGGAACAGCAUUCAUUACAUUUUCAUAUUCUUUGUACGUGAUGGGAAAGAUUUAAAUCUGAGAAGUAGAGCUUCAUUUGUUAAGUAUCAAAGUGAUAUUUGUCAGUCCAGCGUUGCAGAUAUAGUGAUUUAUUCUAGUUCUGUGGGUGUUUAGUGUGAUACACUGUGAGAACCCUCUAAUGACUCUUCAUUCAUCCAUACACACACUUUAUAAUCAUCCUUACUGUGGCCGCUAGGGGCGCUGUUUGCUCAGAUAUGUUCCUAUUUUAUAAUUAAACAAUCUUUAUUUUUGUACAGAUUUCUUCAAAAAGAAGCUGUGUAGAAAUAAGACAUUCUUGGCUACUAUGACCAGAUAGAAAGUAACUAAGUGCAUUUACCAAAUACAGUAAUGUACUAGAGUACAAUUUUGAGGUUUUUGUUGGCUACAAUUCAGUGCCAAAUAUACUUUAAUGUAUUAAUGUGGAUUACGUGACCUGGCAGAAUACACAAACAUGUAAGUUAUACAAAUAUUAUUGUAGUUAAAUAAUGUAUACUGAUAAAGGAUUGGUACAUUCUGCAUCACGAGUAGUUUUACUUUUGGUACUUUUUUUAAAGUAUUUUUUGAUACUAAUUUGUGUGCAAUUACUCUAACAUUUAGAAUGCAGGACUUUUACCAAUAACAGUAUUUGUUUCUACAUUGUAGUACUACUCAGUUGUACUCGUAUAUACCUCUGUAGAAAUACUGUGUAUAUAUAUACUGUAUCUUGACCAUGAAAUAAACAGUUUCCAUCUUA